UCCUUAUAAUUAUAGCUCUUCUGUUGUCCCCAAGCUUUGAUUGCUUGGAAAUAAGAACCCAUUUCCUCGUGGUAUAAAUUGCGAAAAUGCCACAUAGACGCAGGCGCUAAAUUAAGAAGCGGUGACUUGUUCUGCCGAUUCUGGCAGGGCAAGUAGAAAAUACCGGACGGCUGAAUGAUGGGUUUUCAACACUGGUUACUAAUUUCUAAAUCUUCCUCUGCUCUGUUUUUGUAUUUGUUGUUAUAGCAGGCGAGAGUAUUUUGUAUGGAUGAAUGAGGAGAGUUGUUAUUGUGUACGAGAUUGGUUCAUUUGGAUAAGUGGAUGGCGACAUGGAGUUGGGAAUAAGAUGGCAAUGGCAAAGGAGAUACAGAGGCAGAGGAUAGUGCUCAUCAGAAAAGGGAAAGGGAAGGGGAGAGGGAGAGGGAGAGGGAUCGGGAUCGGGAUCUCCGUCUCGCUUCCUACCCUUACACUUUCGCUUGUGUGUGCAGCAUUGCUGCUUCUCAUGGCCUUCGUAUCCCUUACACUCAGUCGCUUCCUUGAUCAACAUCGGCAGGCGGACAAGGUCUAUACCAAUCUCACUGCUCGCGAAUUAAGAAUCAAAGGAUUGGACGAUGUCCCUACUGAAGGUGACCGUUCAAGAAAACAUGUCUGGAGUUCAAGGUUUUCAGAGUUUUACUAUGGAUGUAGCGAUCCAAGCUAUCGAUUUCCAUCUGCUACAGUUGAUACAAAGUCCAAGCGGUACUUAAUGAUUGCAGCCAGUGGAGGACUGAAUCAACAAAGGACUGGAAUAAUAGAUGCAGUGGUCGUGGCUCGAAUGCUGAAUGCUACUUUGGUUGUUCCAAAAUUGGAUCAGAAAUCCUUUUGGAAAGAUAAAAGCAACUUUGAGGAAAUAUUCGAUGUUGAUUGGUUUAUAUCUUCACUCUCAGAUGAUGUUAAGAUUGUCAAAGAGCUCCCUGAAAAUAUUAGAAAAGAGGUGGGAAGGCCAACAAAAUUGCGUGUCCCCAGGAAAUGCAGUCGGCAUUGCUACGAAAGUCGAGUACUUCCAGUGCUUCUCAAAAGGCAUGUUGUUGAACUCACUAAGUUCGAUUAUAGGCUUGCAAACAAGUUGGACACUGAAUUUCAGAAAUUGCGUUGUAAAGUGAAUUAUCAUGCGUUACGGUUUACAAAGUCUAUUUCAGAAACAGGCCAGGAAUUGAUUGACAGAAUGCGAAAGAGGAGCAGGCGUUUCCUUGCUCUUCACUUAAGGUUUGAACCUGACAUGCUUGCAUUUUCUGGAUGCUACUAUGGUGGAGAAGACAAAGAAAGGAAAGAGUUGGGUGCCAUACGUAAACGGUGGAAAACCCUGCAUCUAAGCAGUCCCGAGAAAGCACGUAGACAUGGGAAAUGCCCUCUCACUCCUCAAGAAGUGGGGUUGAUGCUGAGGGCAUUGGGUUUUGGAAGUGACGUACACCUUUAUGUGGCAUCUGGUGAAGUGUAUGGAGGAGAAGAGACAUUGGCACCUUUGAAAGCUCUGUUUCCAAAUUUCUACACAAAAGAUACUUUGGCGAGCAAGGAGGAGCUAGAACCAUUCUCAUCAUAUUCCUCUCGUAUGGCUGCUCUUGAUUAUAUUGUUUGUGAUCAAAGUGAUGUAUUUGUGACAAACAAUAAUGGCAACAUGGCAAGAAUGUUGGCAGGACGGAGGCGUUACAUUGGACACAAGCCUACCAUUCGUCCCAAUGCCAAAAAGCUGUACUUGUUAUUUUUGAAUCGACAUAACAUGAGUUGGGAUGACUUUGCGCUUAAGGUGCGUGCAUACCAGAAAGGCUUCGUGGGGGAACCCAAUGAAGCUAGGCCUGGAAGAGGUGAAUUUCAUGAAUAUCCUUAUUCUUGUAUCUGUGACCGUCGGGAUGCAAAGAAGACUGUCAUAAACAUAAAAAAUCAGAGCAAGUCCAAUUCAGCAAAAGCUGGGGAUCUGAGGGAACAAACUAUGGAAGGUGGCAGAGCAAAUGAGUCAGUUGAUUAUGAUGCUGAAGGGAUUGAAAUGGACGAGUCUGAAGAAAGCUCACUUAUCCAUCAAGAAGCAGAAAAUGAUGAUUACACUCAUUUUACAAGGACAGAUGAACCUGAAUUAGAAGAGAUACUAUCAGACUGAUGAGUUUGAGGCUGGUCUUUUUUCCCCAAUAUAAAGCAUUCCUGUCUGAUGUAAGUUAUCUGAGAUAGGAUGUUCAACAAAUUUGCAGUCCUCUUCAUUAUCCAAUGAAAGAUAUUGCUACUGCCAUAGAUAAGCUGCCACAACUGAUGUAUUUUAUCUCCUGUAUCAUUUCAAUGUCAUAUUUUGUGAGCUUAUCAUUAUUGUAAGCAUUUAUUCUAAGGUGAUAAUGUAUGGAGGAAAUACACAGCUGUAGAGAGAUGUUUUUGCAAGUUGUUGAUCUCUUGGAGUGGGUUUUUCUUGUAUUGAUUAGUAGGCGCCUGAAAUGAAGAUUACCUCAUUGCAUU